GUAAAAGAAAAAGAUACGCUCUACUGUGAUAAUGGCUGCCAAACAGAACAGUGCUAUGUUGGCUGUUCUAACUAUGGUGAAGCGAUUUCAGAUACUCCAUGCUCAACAGUUUGUACAGAUUUAUAUACAGAGACUAAUACAGAACAUAUAGACUCUGGUAGUACAGUACAGACACAGAAACAAAGCUGUGUAAAGGGCUGUAAUUUUGGUCUUGAAGAAUAUCAUAAACAAUUUGUAACAUAUUCUGGACUUGAAUUACCUGGACCGGAAAUAGUGAGGGAUGGAAUUACCCACAAUUCAGUAUUAUUAGACUGGGCAGGAGAAAGUGUGCUUAAGCAAAACACAGACCCGACUUUGGCACAGCUGUUUUGGGCUGAUGAAGAGCUUUUAAGGAAUAUCACAUUUAUUUUACAAAAAAGAGUGUUAGAAACUGAAACAGAAUGGCAGAGUCACUCGGAUAUGGAGUUAAUGCCCUCAGGGAGAGUCAAUGUUACCAGUUUACAUCCAUUUGUUACAUAUCAGUUCAAGUUUAUAUUCCAAAUAACAACUACACAUGCUGUUGAGACCAACUAUUCAGUUCCUGUAACUACUCUCCCCUAUGGAGUGCCAUCUGGUUCUCCAAGAAUUACAUCCCUCCAUGCCCCGUCAUCGUCAACAGUAUCGGUAUCUUGGGUGCCGCCAGUGUAUUCAAAUGGCCCCCUGAUAAACUAUCGUCUGUCUCUUUAUCCAUUGGAUAGUGAAGAUCAUGUUAUAAGUUCAGACGUUACCCCGGAAAAAACAUCUUGGAUAUUUGGUCAUCUGUCUACAAAUUCUCGGUACGAGGUUAGAGUUUCUGCUAUGAAUGGAGAAGGUGAAGGUCCAGCCGCAGUUAUGACAGUAAAAACACCAAUGUCCAGUUCUUUGAAAGAGAAGCAGACGCCAUAUCUAAUCCUGGGAGCUGAAAACUGUGUUGUCAAGCAGAAUCUGGAAGUUCUUGCACAAGAUGCUAAAACUGUCCUCAAACGACCCAAGUCAAUCCUAACAAUGGACGGGACUACAAUAUUAUAUCAAAGUAAUUCAAGCGUUGAGCUUGUACAAGGUGUUGGCGUACAUGUUAAACGGGAACUGGUGCUGGUGUCAGACGACAGUGGGCAGGUAACUCUAGUCAACAUCGAUGGAGAAACGUUAAAGGAGGACAUGUAUCCAAUGUUAGGUCAACCCACGGCAAUCGACGUAGAUUGGCUACAUAAUAAAGCCUAUGUAAUAGAUGGUCACCGGAUUUACCAGUGUACCAUAAUAAUUGAUGACUGGAACCAGUGUAUUGUAGCAUUAGACCUGGUACCCAACCCACCUCAUGAGCUUAAAGUUGAUCCUAUCAAUGGGUAUCUUUACUACACACUAUCAAACAAAGCCGGAUUAUACUCUGUUCCGUUAAUUGACUUCUCACAAAGAAGUGAACCUGACCCGACACUUGUCAUUCCGGUUGAGCUUCAGACAUUCUUCAUAGAUUACGAAAAUCUCCUCCUCUUUUACCCAAACAACACUCACAAUACUGUCAUGUCAGCGUACCUGGAUGGUACUGGUGUCACUGAUAUGAGGCAAGGUUCCGUCGCUCGUCCACACUUCCUGAAAACUGAAAGUAUCGUAUACUAUGACGAGAAGUUUUUCUGGACCAAUGGCAGUAAAGUAUUCAGCGAAGCGUUUGAUUUAGGAAACCGGACUUAUUACCAUCAUUCUCUGGCAUUCUGGGAGAAACAUUUCACGGGAUUUAAUCUGUACUACCCUAACUCACAACCGGUGCCAGUUCCCCUGAACGCACCAGGAGAUGUGCAGGUUUUGUUUACAGCUUACAAAGCUAUUGUUGAGUGGACAGCCCCUGAAAAACUCAUCUUCCAAGGGGAAGGUGCAUACAGUCAGUGGCUUUAUGAUGUCAGUAUCCUUCAAGAUGACGGUUCCAAAAAUGAGAUACAAGAAACCUCACAGAAAAAGAAAUUUGUUGUUUCAAAUCUUGAACCUGAUACAAUAUUCCAGGUCAAGGUUCGGGCCAAAUCUAGCUCAGGGGCUGGCCCUUGGUCAACUGUAUUCCAUGGCAGAACUCUAAAAGCUGAGUUUGACACAGCAAGUCUUGUGGUUGCUGUACAGCAUCAACACCACUUUAAGACAUGGGAGAUAAAAGAAGUGGGACUAGAUGGUGAGGUGAUCAAUGUACUGUUUCAAACAUCACCGAUAUACCCUGGUGUGACAGAUUUAGCAUGGCAUGAGGACAAGUUGUUUUGGACGACCAAUGACAAGGAUAUGUUUGUUUACCUUGGUGACGAGGAUGAACAGAAGCAACUGGACUUUAUACAAGAUGCUACAUGUGUGGCCUUUGAUUGGCUAGGUCAAAGGUUAUACUGGUCUGUACUAAGGAAUGGAGAUUCUCAAAUCAGGAGGGCGGACAUUUAUGGUGAUACUGAAGAAUUUGUUUACCAGGCAUUAGCAAGAGAUAUGACCUUGGACAGUGUCAAAGGUCGUCUUUACUGGGUCACUGAGGUCAGUGUGGAAACCACAUUUUUAAAUGGCAAUGAUCAUUUGGAAUACUUCUCACUUCAACCAUUCUCAGGAAGACAGGUGAUCAGUCUAACUAUUGAUCAUGAUCACCAGAAGCUUAUGUGGUAUGUGAAAGGGUUUGAGGACCAGUCUCUUUACAUGGCUGACCUUUACAGUAACCAUGGUAACUAUGAUGAUCUCAUCAAAUCUGUAUCAAUUGUUGGGAAAUUACAGGACAUUGAAAGGUUUUCUGCCAUACAAUAUUACUCUCAUCAUUUGAUGUGGGUGGAUGAGCAGUUGUCAUUGAGAGUAGGUGACUCCCAGGGUAACUUCACAGCCAGUAUCUCAGCUAUUAAUGCCCCUGUAUCAGUGUUCACUCUAAAACACAAGUCUUUGCAUAGAUACCCAGAAAGCCUUGACUCGUCUUCCAUAAUUGUAAUACCGUCUGCUAUAAGAGCAGAUUCUAUUACUUGUAUUGGUCUAGCAUCGAAGUUCAACGUUACCUGGCAACCAUCUAAUGAGGUCAACCAUGGUCAUGUGACUUACAAACUUUCAGUGAAAGCUAAAGGCAUACCAGAUAUAAAAGAGGUUGUAUCUCACCCAUGGUUCACAGUUCAAGGUCUAGCUCCCUACACACCAAUAUCUAUAUCAGUACAAGCUCACACAUACUGGGGCUCAGGUCCACAAACUGUCACAACUGUUAAAUCACCUAUGGCUGCACCAAGUGAGCCAAUAUCACCUAAGGUAUAUGUAACACAAAGGAAGAAUGCAGCUCUGUCGAAACUCACCUUAGCUGCUGAUUUUCGAUGGUCAGAACCUGCGCAGUUAAAUGGCGUGUUAAGUAAACAGAUUGUCUGGUACUGGCAGAGUGAUAAACCGUCAAUGAAAAGUACGACUCCUUUACCACAAUCUGCGAGGCAUUUUAUUCUUGACGAUCUGAAGGGAAAUGUUACAUACUUCUUUCAAGUUGAAUGCUGUACUCCGGCAGGAUGUGGACCUAAAUCUCAAACUGUCAGUGCCACAGCAGACGCUGUGAAUCCUGUACCAAAAGUUUUGAUUGCUACUAAAGAUGAUGUACGCAUGGCAGAGGCGGAUAAUGUACAGAAUACAUCUGUUAUCAUGGCCAGAAAGUCUGUUGUUGCCCUUAGUUACCUGUCCCAAGAUGACAAAUAUUAUUGGAUAACCAGAGAUAAAUAUCUGGAACAAUUUCCGCCAGUUACCGGCAAAAAGCUGUUGCAUCUAGAUGGUGGUGAUCAUAAGAUGUGUCUGGAUUGGGUGAGCCGGACUGUGUAUGCUGUCGACAGUAACAUGUCGUCUGCUGCUGUCAUUAGUUACAACCUUGAUGAAGGAAAACAGUACAGACUUAUUGAGAGAAAGUCUAAAGUAGGAGAUAUUGCAGUGGAUCCUUACACCAGCUCAUUACUAUGGACAGAAUAUAAUGCAGGGGAAAGUUCAUGGAAAAUUAUAAGGACAACAACAAAUGAUCCAAGCAACUUGCAUGAAUUUUUUAACCAUCCGCGUCACAAACGUAAUGUUGAUAAUGCUUGCAACUGUCCAGCCAAGCAGAGGCUGGCGUCUGCUGUAACUGUGGAUCUCUCAGCAGACGGUCAUACUGAGAUUUUAUACGUGGAUAUAACAAGUAUGAGUCUAAUGGCAUCAGAUAUGGAAGCUUGUACCUGUAGGACGUUUCUCACUACUACACCUUCUGAUAGAAAAGGAUUACCAGCUGAUAUAAUGACUGUAGACCAUGUGUAUAUUUAUUGGUAUCACACAUCAAGUCAAAUAUUGUAUGUCAUGGAUAAAGCUACUGGGAACCUACAGCAGACGGCACUACCACAUGUGACAGAUAUCCAGGCAUACGGUGCUCAUCUGCAUCCCUUACCAGGAUCUGAGUGUUUGGAUACUAACCCAUACAAAGGGGAAGUGGGUAUUGUGAUGUAUACAAAUACAAGUAUCAAGGUCAAUCUGAGUGAAACAACCUGGCCGGUCAAAUGUACUAACAUCAGUCACCCAGCUGUCAGAUACACAGUGUACUACAGGCAACUUGAUGAUAUGAAACCAAACGAUGAUUGCCAAGAAGAUAAAAGUGUCUGCCAGUCAAAGUCUGGAUACUCAAGGGAGCUGUCAUUAGAUCAGCUAGAACCAUAUACGUACUACAUCAUUCAGGGAGCAGUUAGUAAUUAUUACUCAAAAUAUACUAUCAAUUCAUUAGGGAAUGCAACAGAAGUCAGAACCAAACCUGGAGUACCAAGUCCAGUUGAGAACAUAACAGCACAGGCACAGAGUCCAGAUCGUAUAAAAGUUUGGUGGCCACCUCCAGAACAACCUAAUGGUCCCGUAGAUAAAAUUGUUUACUUUGUGAAAUGGUCAACACAAUUAGAAGAUGGUAUACUUCACACAACAAUGACAGAUGCUAUUACAUUUGACUCAAUCAAUCCAUUCAAUAAUAGGCUGUUUGAGGUGGAUUUAGAGAAGCUUUCAGCUGAGCAAACUUAUUCUAUACAGGUAAUAAGUAACCAGACAGAAGGUAACUUUAUAACAGAAAGUGUACCAGUCAUUUGCUCAACCUAUCAAGCACCUAAUGACCUUGAGUGUUUAGAGGUCACCAAUACUUCUAUACAGUUGGCCUGGACGUCACCUAGUGACGAUAGUACUCGGGUUGUUUCUAUUUACUAUGCAGAGGUAAAAGACAAGAAACUUUUGAAGUUUGAGAUGAUUGACCUUCCAAUACGAACUUUUAACAACACCAUGUAUAACGAGACUUUCGCCGAUCUCAAACCGGACACAGAAUACUCAUUCCGGCUCAGCAUCAUAUAUAAGUCUUACUCAGUUUACGAAGUUUACCAUUGGCCAAAAGAAGAUUCUGAUCUUAAAUAUGUGUUCAGGACUUUAACUGGUAUCCCAGACUCCCCAGCUUCUCCUGAGGUCCAGGAAUUUAAAGGAGAAUUUGAAGUGAGCUGGCCUCAUCCAGAAGAUAAUGGGGAGACAAUCAUGCACUAUCUUCUUCAAUACAAGUAUAUUGACAAAGACAACUGGAGUGUUGCAUGCAACACAAGUGAACUACGAUGGGUUAUUGAUGACAAUGUGCUACAACGUGGCUACACAUACAUGUUCCGUGUGAAAGCAAAGAACAAGAAUGGUUGGGGCCCAUACAGUCUUAAUAGUACCAUGUUCUCUUAUCCAAUUUUGGAGGCGGAGUCAGAGGACAGGACAAUUAUUGUAGUAGCAGUAGUGGUUGCCUUUGUUGUUGUUGUUAUUGCCAUGGCAACAGUUGCUAUAUGCUAUUCUAUGUGUCGUAAAAGACGUGAAGAAAAGAAGAAAAAGAAGAAUCAAGAAUUUGUAGCGGUUGCACGUGGACCUGACCUUGAACUUGCCACAUUGAGGGAGUUACCAAUGACUCAUAUACAACAAAAUAAUACUCUUUAUGCCAUGAACCUCAUUCCCACUGAUGAUGAGAUUGCGGCUUUGCCUCACUUCCGCCGAGACCAGCUGGUACUGUGUAAGUUCCUCGGUAGUGGAGCAUUCGGUGAAGUGUUUGAAGGCAUUGCUAAAAAUAUCAUAAAUGAAAGUUCAGGGGAUACCAGAUGUGCUGUGAAGACACUACGUAAGAGUGCAUCGGACCAGGAGAAAGAGGAGUUCCUGAAAGAGGCUUUAUUGAUGAGUAACUUUCAUCAUGAACAUAUUCUUAGUUUACUAGGAGUUUGUCUUGACAAUGACCCACAAUUCAUCAUUCUAGAAUUAAUGGAAGGUGGCGAUCUUCUCUCCUUUAUGCGAGCUUGUAGGCUUACCUCAAUACAGAAUCAGAGUAGGGCAGAAUUGUCUAUGACAGAUCUUGUUAAAAUAUGUGUUCAUGUAGCAAGUGGAUGUAAAUAUCUGGAAGACAUGCAUUUUGUUCAUAGGGACCUUGCAGCCAGAAAUUGUCUUGUAUCUUCGUGUGAUCCAAACACAAUGGUAGUAAAGAUUGGAGAUUUUGGUCUGGCACGGGAUAUAUACAAGAAUGACUAUUACCGUAAAGAAGGUGAAGGUCUACUUCCGGUGCGCUGGAUGUCGCCGGAGUCUCUUGUGGACGGCGUGUUUACUACACAGUCAGAUAUCUGGGCAUUUGGAGUAUUGAUGUGGGAAGUUGUGACCUUCGGACAACAGCCCUACCCGGCUCGUACCAAUAUUGACGUCUUACAUUUUGUACGUAGUGCCGGUCGUCUUGAUAGACCUGAGAGCUGCCCUGAAGAUUUUUACCAGUUGAUGUGUAAGUGCUGGAGUUUUGAACCAGAGGACCGCCCUUCUUUUGCCUUCCUGCUUCAAAAGCUUGAAAAGUUCCAUGAAACUUGUUUAAGUAUUUCCGAGUACCUGGUACCAAUAUGCUCAAGUAACAGAAGCCUUGCUGCAGUGGCUGGGUACAAGUACCUGAGCCGGAGGACAAGGAGGCUGACGUCGACCUCAUCAGAUGGACCUGAAUAUUCUCAUAUAAAUCAUACUGGAUAUGGAACUCACAAGUCAUAUGGAAAUAUCCGUCGAGCAACUUCAUUUGAUUCUCCAGAACCAAAAGAUGCAACUGAACAGGUGCAGACGGAUUCAGCUAACUAUCUGGAACCGAAGUCCAAUUAUGUACCUUCUUAUAUUGAAUUUUUACCUGAAGAGAGAACUGUUAAUUACAUGUAUAACUCAGAGGGUAAUAGAAUAAGAGAGAAAGGAGCUGAAUCUAUUGAUAUUACGAAAAAAGUUCCAAAUUAUGUGCAGACGACAGUGAAAGAAAAUUUCCAUGCUCAAGGUCAAGACUACAUUAAAUAUGUCAACCAGAAAAGUAGUUCCAUUAGUGACCAAGAAAAUGACUCAGAGGUGAAGAAAAUAUUCUCUCACCAAAAAAAUAGUGCCGACUCAGUUAUUAUGAAAACUGUUGAAAAUAUUCCAAAUUCUUGUCGGAGUAGCUCUAGAGGUACGAUUAGUACAUCAAGUGUCUCGUGCUCCGAUUCUGUUUAUCCGCAAAAUGUAAAUUCCGCUUACGCUCUUGUUAUGCAAAAUGGAGGACCAAGGACAAAUGGCAAAAAGCGUCGACUGGAUUCAACAAACUCAGUUAUGUCAUUUGACUCUGUACAGACAGAGCCUGUAUAUAGUAGUUUCCAGCGAGGAAAACUUUACUCAUCAUCAUCAUCCAAAUCAAACUACUCUAUGUCAAAUAUCUCUGAGACUACGGUUGAACAAUUGUCUCCGGACACAGAGCCGAAAAAAUUCUGGGCAAACACAAGUGUAGACUGUGCGAACCUUGUAGACAGACAAGAAGCUAAAACCCAUGUGGAUUAUUUCAACAUGGCUGUGCGAAAUCAAGUGUAUCCAGAAAAUAUUGGUACUCUUUCAGGGUACGAUAUUGUACAUGCUAGCUUAGUCUAGGUUGAUGAAGUGUGAUUUAUUGUGACAUAUUAUCUAAUGGUUUGAAAUCAUAUAAAGUAUGGUGAAAUACAUAAUCCUUUGUGGGAGGAAAAGGGAACAUUGGCUGGUAUCAGUGACCCAUAUUGUUCUCUUAAUAAUAAGGUAACUUUACAUGAGUUGUAAAUUUUAUGAUAUGUCACAGUAAAUUUCACCAUGGUAACCGGCAGUAACCACAGUUUGUGUUCAUACAUCUAUGCUCAGAAUAUUUUUGCUCUUUUGUAAAUAAUUGGUCAUCCUUAAGACUUGGAAUUCCAGGAUACAAAUUCUGUCUCAGAGAAGUAAGCUUUUCACAGAAAUGCAAUGACUAUUCAUGAUUUUUAUGCUGCUAAAUAUGUUGGAUUUACUUGAUGUGUUAUAUCUAGAACAUUGUAUUGUUACUUUAUGGGAUGUUUAUGUUGAAACAUAGGAAUCUAGCAGUCCGGCCAGGAUAAACAGAUAUCUGGUUGACACUUCUAUAACUAAUGGUACAGAUGUUAAAGACAAUCCCUGUUAAACAAUUUUAAAUGCAUACAAUCUUUGAAAAGCUUACUUAUAUUAAGAAUUUAUAUUGAAAGCUAUGUAUAUUCAUUAUUAGUUCAUUUUUUAUUAUAAUUUUAAUGUUUUUUAGCUCGUCUGUUUCCAAGAAAAAAUCGAGCUACAUGUAUUAUGAUUACUGCAUUGUUGUUUUCGUUGUCAUGCAAAAAUUUUAAUGAAGCCCAUUAUUCAAGAACUAGUUAUCAACAUGAGAUUUGCUUAUCAUGACAAGGUGCAGUUCUGAGACAAGGGGCAUAAUUCUGAAAGCUAUAUUUUUGGAGUUGUGCCCCUUUUUAACUUCAAAUUUUUGUUAAAAUUGGUUGAUGAUACUUGUUGCCCUUAACAGAGGAGAAUUAACACCGCAUGAGGUGCUCUUGUUUUUUAUUUUUACUAAAUUGUAAUUUGUGUAUAAAAGAUAUGUAUGUUUGUAGAUACAUAUACCCCUGUCAUUAUAGAAGUGCUAGGUUGCUGUUAUAAUCACAUGUUUAAUGGUUUACAAAUUUUUAAAUUUCGUUGAAUAUUGAACAUAGAUAUAUUGAUUGUUUUACCAGAGAUGGUUGUUAAAAAGUGUGCUGUUGUAGAGUAGGAUUUUAUAAAA